AGAUAAGGUGUGUCUGCGUCUCUCUCCCCCCCUCCGUCUUACUCCCAUGUUAUCUAGUGAGUUGGUACGAGUAUAUCUCCCUUUGCCUCCCUACCUAGUAGUAGGUCGAACCCCCACUCGAACAUACCGCCGUCAUCCAUGCCUCUAUCUCUUUCCUCUCUCGCGCCGCCACUUGCCAUGCGAGACCGUUCCCGCUCCACACCCAUUCACGCGACCUGAACGUUCCCAAUUUGAGCCAAAUAAGACGCCAGGAUUCCCCAUCCUUCGAUCUAUCCCGUCCUCUUCCCCGGUUUCAUCUCCUGUAGAGUAAGCAUCGCAGCUGCUUUUUGUUCCUGACAUCCCUUUUGGUUGCUGCUAAUCAUGACUACUGCCCACUUUCCACGUGUUUGCUCCAAAACCCCUGCUCUCCUGGCCGGAUGCUCUCCGAUAAGACUAUGGCUCACUUGCUAGCCACCGACUCAAAACCUCGCGUUGACCAUCUUCCUAUCGUCCUGCUCACGAGGGCGAAUCAUCUGAACCAUGUCGUUGUGGACGGAUGAGCGUGUGGACGAAACGGUCACCUCCGCAUAUGUCCAUUCUCAUCUGCGCGCAGAUGAACAGGAAUAUCUUCAGCGGCCGUUGUAUUUUGGAGGGGAUCUGACCGACGAUACCUACUUGGACUGGAUCCUCACCAGAGCGAAACGCUUCUUCCUCAUCCUGGUUGCCACUGGUGUGCCCGAUCAAAUCUUUGGCAUCAUCGAUGACUCGUACGAUGAUGAAGAUCUACCCAUCAUUGAGCAAGCCGUCCCCGACCUCCGACUGUCCUAUGAACCGGACAGGUCCUUGGACCGACGUUUCUACAAGAACCAGUUCCGGUUUCUGACGCGCAUUGUGGGGGAAGGAGAGCAUAUCCGUUAUGCCGAUGAAGAGACAGUCCCGGUCGUCCCUCUCAGUUUGAAAUCCGUCGUUCUUUCGUUCAGCCACGAAGGCACCGACCGAGUUCGGUUACCGUCCGACAAUCAAAGGGUUUUCAUUCGCCGCCGUAUCAUCCUCGAGGCUCCGCUGACGGAGGAGGACAUUCUGAAUGAAAUCGCCGCGAGCAGGAGACUAUGUCACCAACAUAUCGUGUCAGUCUUUGGCUCCUAUCUCCACCAAGGGGCGUUCAAUGUCAUCUCAGCGCCUGCGGCCGAAUGGACUCUGAAGACGUUUCUCACCGAUACUCCCAAAAGUUUUGGUGCUCUCCCAAAGCCUCGGCGACGACAAAUUCUGAUCAAUUGGCCACACUGCCUUGCCAGCGCUUUAGCCUGGCUACACGAGAACGGCGAAUUUCAUGGGGGCAUUCGCCCCUCCAAUAUCCAGGUUGACGACUCCUUCUGCAUCUCUUUAGGCCUCCUGGACGGAGACGGGUUGCUUCGCCACAGGCCUCGCCACGACGACAUCGAGGCCUAUCAGUACGGCCCGCCAGAGCGAUGGAAGCGAGCGGUAACAGUGCAAAGCACUGGCUCUGCCGCCCUCUCGCUUCCCUCUGGCGGAAGGUCUGGCCGGAAGGUGGGUGGUAACUCGAGGUUGAACUCUGAUGGCAAGAAUACCGCAAGAAGCAGGUCGGCAUCGUCCGGAGCAACUUAUACAUUUCAACCUACUUCAAGAGGGGGGUAUGCAAGGCUUCGCUUGAGCGCAGCGAUGAAUCUUGACGCGCCACCCCAGCCUGGUGGCCGUGUUAGGGACGUUGGGUCGCCGACCGACAACAGAUCCGUAUUAACCCAAGAUAAGGCACGACCCGGCUUUGACCCGAUCGUCCCGGGAAGGGCGCCAUCCAUUCUAUCGUCUACUAGUUCCAAUGGCAAGAAUGCUCCCUCCCUCAACAACCCUAUUUUUGUCGCGGCGCCGGAGGGCCGAAGUGCUGUCGUUCAGACUUGGCAGUCUGUGGAGCAGGACAUGUUUGCGUCAGAUGUUUUUUCACUCGGGGCUGUGAUAAUGGACGUCCUGAAUCUUCUCUGCAAACGUAGCUAUGGCUCAUUUUCACGACAUCGAUCUUCCAAAAAUCGGAUGGCUGGCCGUGGUGGUGGUUUGGCGGACGCGAGCUUCCACGCCAACCUUGGUCAGGUCUUCUUAUGGGCGCAGAGUCUCCAGAAUGAAGCCGAAAAGAAGGCAAAAAAGAACGAAGGCCAGGUCUAUCAUGCCGUCGGCCCUGUCGUGCAGCUCAUUCUUCAGUGUCUCGAGCGCGAUCCCCUCGCACGGCUGACUAGCGGUCAGCUCGAGCACAAAUUAGGCGACCUUAUCCGUCGCUUUGCUGGUGUCGAUAGACUCCACUGUGCAGCUCAACAGAAAACUGAGAGCAAGGAGACGAGUAGAAACAUUCCAAUUCGGGAGAGGAAAGUGCCGGAGCGAGGACCAGAGAGCCACAGUUCAGGAGACAACCUCCGUCAGGAAUCUCGAAAUGCACGCUCCAUCACAAGAGACCAAAGACAGCAGCGAGAACAGAACAUUCUUCUGGAUGCUCCAAUGGUUCACUCGCCUGUCAGCCACACACCUCCCAGCAUAACCACGACACCGGGAGCAACGUCCGUCAGUUCGCUUUUAUCCUUCAAUUUCGACGGCGUCUCCGACACGGUUGUGGCUGAUAGUCCGCGCUCCCGUGAUCAUUCCCUCCACCGAAAUGGUCGUCGCGCGGAGGCAGCUGCCCCUCCGAAUCUGAUACCUUGGUCCAAUGAGCUGGACACACCCAGGCAAAAGCACUGGAAUAAUUGGCACAACAAUGACAGUCAGGUGGACCCCAGACUGUCGUUUGGUGAGUCGAUCGAGACAGGUGCAUUCACCUACUUGAACUAUAGCACGAGCGCGUCGUCAGAUGAAGGUGUGAAGUACUUUCCUCGACCACCUUCUGAUCCACCAGCGAAACCACCCCCGAACCGAGAGUUGCCUCCAGUGCCAUCCUUGCCGACAGGGUCUCGAUCUUUGAAGCCAAAGCAACACGCAGCCGCUGUCAAGACAUCCAGUCAGGAUGUUGCCGUGCUCAAUCAUUUAUCUUCUGCUGCUACCGGCGGGCGUCCACUGCGAGUUGACAGUCUUCCAAAGACAUUGGACCAUGAUGAUGACGGUUUCCACGACAAGAUUCGACAGAUGAGGCAUCCACACCCAGCGAAAGCGUAUAGUCGGUCAAGGCAAGACCAGUUCUCUGUGCGAAGAGGUGUAUAACGACCACGUGCAUGAAAAACAUGGUUACGAAGGACUGUCCAGUGUGACCAGAGGUUGAAUAGCCUCCGUUGGCAUCUAUCAACUCGGUCUCUUAUGAUUACUGUGGGCGUUGUUACGAUUCCGUGACGCAUAUGCCACGAACCAAGCGCUGAACGAUACCACCUCCUAUUUGAGAGUCGAUUGUGCACGAGUUAACGCAAGUUUUGACAAUUUCGGGUUGGCCACAUUGCAAAGUUGGCACCUCGUUAUCUGUACUACCACCUCGCCGACCUGGAAAGUGCAAUCAUUUUUCCGUCGGUGCGCAGUUGCUUACAGCCAUUUUCCAUCAGCAUGUUCUCGCUCAUCUGGUCGGGCAGACUCCAGGUAUUCGAAAUACAAAAAGCAUUUGCAUUUCCUAAAUCGGUCGACUUUUUCGCUUGCUCUUGAGGGUCAGAUUCCCUUUCUGUAUCGAUAUUCGUCAAAUGCAGCAUCUACCGUUUGGAAAUAGGCACGAAGCCAGCCACAGACGCCGUGGCCCUUUGAUGAUGAACGAAGGAUAAUGUAUUUACUCGUGCGAGAUACUUGUAUGUAG